AUGCUGACAAAGUACUACCAGCAUGUCCUGGCUUUGGUGUUUGCUGUAGAUGAGAUCAACCAGAACCCCAGGAUCUUACCCAAUGCCACUCUUGGUUUCCACAUCUGUGACAGCUACUACAGUGUCCAAAGGACCUAUCGUGCCACUCUGCAUCUCCUCUUUCAGUCGAGCAGAUAUUUUCCCAACUAUGAAUGUGGUAUUCAGAAGAAUGUAAUGGCAGUCAUUGGGGGACUUAGCUCUGACAUCUCCUUCCAUAUGGCAGACAUCUUGGGUCUUUACAAGAUACCACAGCUCGCCUAUGGCUCAUUUUCCCAAGAGGAGAGUUAUACAAGACAGUCCCCUUUGUUUUACCACUUGGUUCCAAAUGAAGUCCAUCAAUGCACAGGAAUUAUGAAAUUACUUCAGCAUUUCGGAUGGACCUGGGUUGGGCUCUUUGCUGUGGAUGACGACAGUGGAGAUAGUUUCUUGCAAACUCUUGAGCCAUUAUUUUCCCAGCAUGGAAUCUGUUGGGCCUUCACAGAGAGAAUCCCAAACCAAGUGAAUUGGCAUAACCUAUAUGAUCUUUAUACUGUGGUGUCAAAUAUAUACUUGCCUUUCAGAGAGAGCAAAGCUAGUGCAUUUAUCUUCUAUGGAGAAUCAAGGACAAUGAUAUCCUUGAAUGGUAUUCUAUUUCUAGCAGGUCAUAACUAUACAGAAAAGAUGUCAUUGAGAAAAGUGUGGAUUAUGACAGCCCAAAUUGAUUUUGCAUUAACAGGCCUUCAGCGAGCCUGGGAUUUCCAGUUCUUCCAAGGGGCACUUUCAUUCAGAGUUCACUCAAAUGAACCCUUUGAAUUCCACAACUUUCUGAAGAAAGUUAAACCAUAUUGGGAACCCAAAGAUGGUUUUCUCAAGGAGUUUUGGGAACAAGCAUUUGGAUGUUCAUUACUAGACCCCCAGGAUACAGAGAAUGAUGAUGCAAUGUGUACCGGGGAGGAGCGCCUGGACAGGCUUCCAGGGCAUAUUUUUGAAAUGAGUAUGACUGGCCAUAGUUACAGCAUCUACAAUGCUGUUUAUGCCACAGCACAUGCUUUACAUGCCAUGCACACCUCUAUGUCCAAAUACAGAAAAAUAUUUCAGAGCAAAAGACUUCAAUUUCCUCGUUUCUAUCCUUGGCAGCUUCACAGAUUUCUUCAAGGCAUUUCAUUUAACAACUCAGUUGGUGAACCUGUGUCUUUAAAGAAAAACAGGGGAAUGAGACAUGGAUUUAAUAUCAUGAACUUGGUCACAUUCCCAAACAAGACUUUUGUUAGAGUGAAAGUAGGAAGUGUGAAUUCCAAUGCUGCCAAGGAACCAGUAUUCGUCCUUCAUGAGGAGAGAAUUGUGUGGCAAACGCAUUUCAACCAGGGACGGCCCAUUUCUGUGUGUAACGGCUACUGCCACCCUGGUACCCAAAAGAAAAAGAAAGAAGGGGAGAAAUUCUGUUGCUAUGACUGUGUUCCUUGCCCAGAAGGGAAGAUUUCAAGCCAACAAGAUAUGGUUAAUUGUAUCAAAUGUCCAGAAGAUCAGUAUUCAAGCAAAGACAAAGAUGGAUGUAUCAACAAAGUGAUAACCUUCUUGGCAUUUGAAGAACCUUUAGGGGUUGGUUUAGCUUUGCUCGCUGUUUCUUGUUUCCUGAUCACAUCCUUCGUGCUAGGAGUUUUCAUUAAGAACAAAGAUACCCCCAUAGUCAAGGCCAACAACCGAGACAUCACCUAUGUUCUCCUCUUCUCCCUUCUUCUCUGCUUCCUCUGUUCUUUGCUCUUUCUUGGAAAACCAAGCACUGUGACCUGCUUUAUCCGACAAUCUGCUUUUGGGAUCGUCUUUUCGGUGGCUCUUUCUUGUGUGUUGGCCAAAACCAUCACUGUGGUUCUAGCUUUUAUGGCCACCAAACCAGGAUCACGCCUGAGGAAGUGGGUUGGGAAAAGACUGGCCAACUCCAUUGUCCUUUCCUGCUCCCUUGUGCAAGCAGGCAUCUGUACAGUGUGGCUGGGAACCUCUCCCCCCUUCCCAGAUUUAGACAUGCAUUCUGUGGCUAAGAAGACUGUGGCAGCAUGUAAUGAAGGGUCUGUGGUCAUGUUUUAUAUUGUCCUGGGUUACUUGGGACUAUUGUCUCUCAUAAGCUUGGCUGUUGCUUUCUUUGCCAGGAAGUUGCCGAACAAUUUUAAUGAAGCCAAAUUCAUCACUUUCAGCAUGCUGAUCUUUUGCAGUGUUUGGAUGUCCUUUGUUCCAACCUAUCUGAGCACCAAAGGGAAAUAUAUGGUAGUUGUGGAGAUCUUCUCUAUCUUGGCCUCCAGUGCUGCAUUACUGGCUUGGAUCUUUUCUAUUAAGUGCUACAUCAUUCUUCUGAGACCUGAUCUGAAUAGCAGAGACCAGAUAAUUAGGAGAAAGAAUUAA